AUGUCAUCAUUAUUAAAAGAAGAAUAUGAAGAAGAAGAAGAAGAAGAAGAAGAGCUCAGGUCACCAUCAAUUCCAUUACCAAAGUUUCGAUUAGAAAAAGACGACGAAAUUCCCAACAGUUUAAAAGAUUUAUUUCUCAAUUCAAAGAAUAGAAUAAAUGAUAAAGAUGAACAAAUCUUUUUGACUGGUACAACAGCCAUGCCCUACAAUUAUCGUCCAAAUCGUGUUCGUCGUUCAGCUUGUUCCGACUUACAAAGUACAACAAUUCCCGAGGGUCGAAUUUAUAAUGAUCAAUAUGACAAUAAUCGUCGACGAUCAAGUCUCUUUGCAUCGCCAUCUCUCUGUUCACCACCACCGAUCCAUACCUCAUCCUCUUCGUCAACAAUAGAUGAAAAUGAUGAUUAUGUUAAUUUAUGUCGAAAACGAUGUCAGUCAUUGUACGGUGCAACAAAAACACCAUACGAGAAUCUCGUACGUCAAAUACCUUUAUCUUAUGGAAUUAUAACACCAACAAACCAUAAUCUAGAGUCAAAAACUAUCCAUACUGAUACCGGUGUAACUGUUAAUUCUUGUUCAUAUUUAAUGCCACAAAGUUUUUUUCGACGACAUUCACAUUGUUUAACACCAACUGUUUACGAUAAUGAACCUGUUACUGAGGAUCCUUACAUCAGUAGCACAAGUUUAAUUGUCGAACAGAUGCCUGACAACGAUGAUGUGGACAAUUAUUCGCGUUCAUCGUCUUGUUUCGAUGUGAAUGAAGAUCAACAGGGGCAGAAUAAUUUAUUUCAACCAAAAUCAAAGAAAAAAUCGUGUUCUGAUACAAAUAUUUUGCAUCAAACACGUCAUUCAUUACCAUGCGAAAAUUCCAAUACAUCAUUAGCAAUUAAAAAUUUUCUAAAACGACAUCAUUUAUCAUUAUCUAAAACACCAACAACAUCUUCUAGUUCACUUGUUUCAUCAACAAAUUCACUUUCAUCUUCAUCUUUACCAUUAAAUUCAACAUUCCAAAAUUUUAAACAUUUUUUAACUUUAGUUAAAUUACCAAAACAACAGCGAUCAUCUGUUUCAUCUUCAGCAUCGUCAACAGCCUCAGUAACGCCUACUCAUUCAAGUUUACAAACACUGACAACUGGUAGUGAACAUACAUCGACAUCAUUAACCAGCAGUACUACACCAGAUACAGAAAAUGAAUCAACAACAAUAUCAAAAAAUUCACAAAAAAAGAGUACAACAAAACUGAAAAUGUGCGAUUGCGAAUGGCACUAUCAGCCUGAUAAAGGAAAUUGGUGUUCAAUAAAUGGUAGUGCAAUAACAUUAGGACCAAUUGAAUUACAUAAUUUAACACAUAUUGAACAUAAAUUAUUGAAACGAAUCAUACAACAACGUUUACAAAAUCUUGACAUGGGACUAACCGUACAUGUUCCCAAAGAAGAGCCGGUGAGAAAACGAAAACAUCAUUUUAUGUUUCGAAGUAAAUCGAGUGAUAAAUCAAAAGAUGCAAGAGAUCUAAAAUCAAACGGCUGUGUGUUUGGUGUCGCUUUAUCUCAAUGCAUUGACGAUGAUGAUCGUUGUUCGAGUGGGCGAACGGAGGAUGAUUUAAGAAAAAACAGUUUGGAUUUAGCUACAUCACUGGCAAUACGAACAAGUCCCAAUGGAAGUGUUUCUUCGACUAGUUCAGCCAGAGAUAGUGGAUGUUCAGUGUCGCCAGCAAGUCCCAGUAGUUUGCAGGUAUCGGAUUCUGAUUAUGAGAAUACAAAAAUUCGAUCCGUGUCAUUAGAAGCAUUAAGUGGUGGAGCACAAGCUGGAAAAGUGUCAUCGGCCACAGUCAUGAAUCGUUCCAAUACACUCCGUUGUUAUCCAGAGAAAGUUCCAUAUCUAAUUAAAAAUUGUUGUGAGCAUCUUGAACGAAAUGCUUUGCAGACAAUUGGAUUAUUUCGUGUGGGUGUUUCAAAAAAACGUUUAACAGAGCUCAAAGAACAAGUAAACUUAAGUCGUAGUUUAAAUUUUGAUUCAACUACAAAUGUACAUGACGUAGCCGGUUUGAUAAAAGAAUUCCUUCGUGAAUUGCCGGAACCGUUGAUGACAAAAGAACUUUGUUCAUCUUUUCUUGCAAUUCAUUCGAAAAUGAACGUUAAAGACCAAUCAAAAAUUUUAAGUUAUUUAAUUGCAUUACUUCCAUCAUCAAAUCGUGACACACUUUACACAUUAUUAAAAUUUCUCCACAUGGUCUCAUUAAACGCACAUGAUAGGCAAUAUAAUGGAAAAUUCAUUCCCGGCAAUAAAAUGGAUUCACAAAAUUUGGCUAUCGUAUUUGCUCCAACGAUCUUGUUAGAUGGAAAAGCAAUUACGAAAGAUAUGAAUGUUACAAGUAUGGAACAAGCAAAAUCUGUGCUGCAAAUGAUGAUUGAACAAUACAAAGAUUUAUUUACAAUUUCACGAGAUUUGCACAAUGAACUAAUGAAUACUCUAUAUGAAACAAAUAAUGAACAACUCGUACGUGCAUUAGCAUUUAAGGUUAAAAAUGUUUGCGGAAUUGUUACAAUUCAAUUAAAUGAAACUGAUGAACGUGAAUUUUCUUCACUUGAUUUAACACCGUUAUUUUAUGAUUCUCCGAAUGUCGGUAUUCUUGGUGCAAUAAUUCCAACACGUGUUCAACCAGCAGCACGUCGUUAUAAUUUCCGUCGUAAUAGCGAUUUUCCUUAUUCAUCUGUUCAUACAUCUCGUUCAUCAGAAUUCCUUCAAGUACCAUCAUCAUCGUCAGCACAACGUUUAAGCCAAGCAAAUACGAAUAAAACGACUAUUAUAAACACAUCAACACGUUUAUCAACUGUGAGAGAUAUUCGAGAAGCCAGCAUGGAUCAAAUUAUUUUUCGACUUAUUGAACCGCCAAGUGAAGAACGUCAUGCAACAGAACCGAUUAUCAAUGUCACGUCAUUUGAUGAUGUUAUCGAUAUAACAGCAACAUCUUUAACAACUGCUACGACGCUUGACCAUAAUCGUCGUCUAAUUAUUCGUCCAAACUCAUUGAAUAUCAAUGGAACAGAACCAUCAGUCGUCACUCAAUCAUCAUCAUCCGAAUCUCAACAAAAUGCCAAUAACAACAAUACGUUGGGUUUAAGAGAAAUAAAACCCUAUGCUCGUUCAAAAACGGCACCACUCUCCUCAGGUCAUUAUUUAAGUCCAAGAAAUCAUCGAGAAUCAGCGACAAGUGCAAAAAAUUUAUGUGGUUCAUCGACAGACGAAUCACCAUCACCAUUAGGUGCAACAAAACAAAGCGAAUUGACUGCGACACUUGUUUGA